AUGAGCCUGCUGUCGGCCAUCGACACGAGCGCCGCCUCGGUGUACCAGCCGGCCCAGCUGCUCAACUGGGUCUACCUGUCGCUGCAGGACACGCACCAGGCGAGCGCUUUCGAUGCCUUCCGGCCCGAGCCACCCGCCGGCGCCGCGCCCCCAGAGCUGGCCUUCGGCAAGGGCCGCCCAGAGCAGCUGGGCUCGCCCCUGCACUCCAGCUAUCUCAACAGCUUCUUCCAGCUGCAGCGCGGAGAGGCGCUGAGCAGCAGCGUGUAUAAGAGCGCCUCGCCCUACGGCUCCCUCAACAACAUCGCCGAUGGCCUCAGCUCCCUCACCGAGCACUUCUCCGAACUGACCCUCACCUCUGAGACCCGCAAGCCCAGCAAGCGGCCCCCGCCCAACUACCUGUGCCACCUGUGUUUCAACAAAGGACACUACAUCAAGGACUGCCCCCAGGCACGCCCCAAAGGCGAGGGUCUGACCCCGUACCAGGGCAAAAAGCGCUGCUUUGGCGAGUACAAGUGUCCCAAGUGCAAGAGAAAAUGGAUGAGCGGGAACUCCUGGGCCAAUAUGGGGCAGGAGUGCAUCAAGUGCCACAUCAACGUGUACCCACACAAGCAGAGACCCCUGGAGAAGCCCGAUGGCCUGGACGUGUCCGACCAGAGCAAGGAGCACCCCCAACACCUGUGCGAGAAGUGCAAGGUGCUGGGCUACUAUUGCCGGCGUGUGCAAUGA